GCCUGAGGCAGUGCUCCGCGGCGCACCCCACCCAGCUGUUCCCUGGGGCCGGGGCUGGGUGGGGCGGGGCGGUGGAGGGGCGCUGCUAAGGGCCGGGGCUGGUGAGAGGAGGGCUCCGGGGCGGGGAUUGCGGGCCCUCCCAGCAAAGGAAAUAGACCCCCCAAGGGGCGGGGCGUCAGGGCAGGACGGAAGUGACGCUACGCGGGCGGGGUUGGCCCUGCACAAUGGGCCAUGGAGUUCCCGUUUGAUGUGGACGCGCUGCUGCCAGAGCGGAUCACGGUGCUGGACCAGCACCUGCGGCCCCCGGCCCGCCGACCCGGAACCACAACGCCAGCCCGUGUUGAUGUGCAGCAGCAACUUAUGACCAUCGUAGAUGAACUGGGCAAGGCUUCUGCCAAGGCCCAGCAUCUUCCUGCACCCAUCACCAGUGCAUCGAGGAUGCAGAGUAACCGCCAUGUUAUGUACGUGCUCAAAGACAGCUCCGCUCGACCGGCUGGAAAAGGAGCUAUUAUUGGUUUCCUCAAAGUUGGCUACAAGAAACUUUUUGUACUGGACGAUCGUGAGGCUCACAAUGAGGUGGAACCACUUUGCAUCCUGGACUUUUACAUCCACGAGACACUUCAACGCCAUGGCCACGGGCGAGAACUCUUCCAGUAUAUGUUGCAGAAGGAGCGAGUUGAACCGCACCAAUUAGCCAUUGACCGGCCCUCGCCGAAGCUGCUGAGGUUCCUAAAUAAACACUACAGCCUGGAGACCACAGUCCCGCAGGUGAACAACUUCGUGAUCUUUGAAGGCUUCUUUGCCCACCAGCAUCGGCCCCCUGCUCCCCCUCUGAGGGCAACUGGACACGCGCGUGCUGCGGCCGACCCUGUGCCCCCUGCUCCAGCAAGGAAGCUGCCCCCCAAGAGAGCAGAGGGAGACAUUAAGCCGUACUCCUCGAGUGACCGAGAAUUUCUGAAGGUAGCUGUGGAGCCUCCUUGGCCCCUAAACAGAGCCCCUCGCCGCGCUACACCUCCAGCCCACCCGCCACGCUCCAGCAGCCUGGGAAACUCGCCCGAACGAGGUCCCCUCCGCCCCUUUGUGCCAGAGCAGGAGCUGCUGCGUUCCCUGCGCCUCUGCCCCCCUCACCCUGCUGCCCGCCUUCUGCUGGCCACCGACCCUGCAGCCAGCCCAGCCCAGCGCCGCCGCACCAGCCUCUUCCCCAUCGCCUGCCAUUUCUCCUACAGGGGGGCUCCCCCAGGGCUGGUAGCCCAGAGCUGCUGCUACAGCCGCUAUGGGGGGCUGAAUUCCUCAUCCCCCAGCACAGGCAACCAAGAAUGGAAGCAGGGGGAACAGGAAACAGAGAAUAGGGCCGCCAGCCAGGAGACCUUGUCACAGGAUGGGAGUGGGGAGGCCCCCAUGCACCCAGUGCCUCCACAGGCCCAGGCCCCCGCCCCCCCAGCCCAGCACUGCACAGUGGCGGGGGACAUGUUCAACGCCAGGUUCAUUCGCAACUUGCAGGAACGGCGCAGCACCAGGCCGUGGUGACUGCAGCCCCGCCACACCUGCAGUCCUCUCACUGCGGGAGCAGCCACCGCCGCCUUCCCGUGCCUGUAUUCAUUCACUCGUUCAUUCAUUCAACAGGCCUUCUUAGCAGUGCCCAACCAUUCCUAUCCUCACCAAAGCAAUAAAGUAUUUUUAUCACGA